UCUAAUCCCCAUUUUCCAAAACAGUUUCUUCAAUUAGGUUCGAUAAAUAGUCAAUCCCACUAGCUCGAGUGCUGAAAUGGCGAGUUCCGAGGAUCCAAAUGCAUCUUCCCCGGCUGAACAGCCGCCAAAGCACUACGGCAUCACAAAGCCGAUCUUCCUUUCGGGUCCCACCGAGUAUGAUCUUCAACGAAAUGUCGAACUCGAAAAGUUCUUGAUUGAUUCGGGUCUUUAUGAGAACAAAGACGAGGCUGCGAAGAGAGAAGAGGUUCUUGGCCGCAUUGAUCAGAUUGUGAAAGGCUGGGUGAAGCAAUUGACAAGUCGAAGAGGCUACACGGAUCAGAUGGUGGAGGAUGCGAAUGCUGUCAUUUUUACUUUUGGGUCUUAUCGUCUUGGGGUUCAUGGGCCUGGAGCUGACAUAGACACUUUGUGUGUUGGGCCAUCAUAUGUGAAUCGAGAGGAAGAUUUCUUUAUUAUAUUGCAUGAUAUCCUGGAUGAAUUGGAAGAGGUUACUGAACUUCAACCAGUUCCUGAUGCUCAUGUCCCCGUCAUGAAAUUCAAGUUCCAGGGAAUAUCAAUAGAUCUCUUGUAUGCAAGCAUAUCUCUUUUGGUCGUUCCAGAUGAUCUGGAUAUCUCACAUGGAUCUGUGCUAUAUGAUGUUGAUGAGCAAACUGUUCGAAGUCUGAACGGCUGCAGGGUUGCAGAUCAAAUUCUUAAACUUGUCCCCAAUGUUGAGCACUUCCGGACGACACUCAGAUGUUUGAAGUUUUGGGCUAAAAGACGUGGUGUUUAUUCAAAUGUUACUGGAUUCCUUGGUGGUGUGAAUUGGGCUAUCUUAGUUGCUCGGAUAUGCCAGCUUUAUCCCAAUGCAAUUCCUAGCAUGUUGGUUUCCAGAUUUUUCAGAGUGUAUACUCAGUGGCGUUGGCCAAAUCCUGUAAUUCUAUGUUCAAUUGAAGAGAAUGAACUUGGGUUCCCUACAUGGGACCCUCGUAGAAACCCUCGGGACCGCCUUCAUCAUAUGCCAAUAAUAACUCCUGCAUACCCUUGCAUGAACUCUAGUUACAAUGUCUCAGUAAGUACUUUACGAGUUAUGGCAGAGCAGUUCGACCAUGGUAAUAGGAUAUGUCAGGAGAUUGAGCUGAAUAAGGCCCAGUGGAGUGCUCUCUUUGAACCUUAUCUCUUCUUUGAGGCAUACAAAAAUUAUCUACAAGUGGACAUAGUUGCAGCUGAUGUUGAUGACUUGCUAACGUGGAAGGGAUGGGUGGAAUCCCGGUUUAGACAGCUUACCUUGAAGAUAGAGCGAGACACAAAAGGGAUGCUGCAGUGCCAUCCAUAUCCUAAGGAAUAUGUUGACGUAACCAAGCCAUGCCCACACUGCGCUUUCUUUAUGGGUUUGCAGAGAAAAGAGGGAUUGAGAGGUAAAGAAGGUCAGCAAUUUGAUAUACGUGGAACAGUUGAUGAGUUCAGGGAAGGAAUAAACAUGUACGUGUUCUGGAAACCCGGGAUGGAUAUAUACGUUUCUCAUGUUCGCCGGAAGCAGCUUCCUCCCUUUGUUUUCCCUGAUGGGUGUAAGCGUCCUCGAUUAUUGAGGCAUGUAAGUCAGCAGGAUGAAAGAACCUAUGAAGAUUCUGCAGGUUGUAGUUCUGGAUCUGUGGAAAGACAUACCAGGAGGAAAAUUGAUCAUAAAACAGAGGAUAUGAGGCCAGCUAAACUAGAGAAGCAGACGUCUGUUAGUUCACAAUUGAUGGAGUCUGUGGCCCCAGAAAGUAUUACAGGUGGAGCACCUGAUACCAGCUUCAGUAAUGGCAUUAGAGUAGAGUGUCUUGCAACUGGAGAUGCAGAAAAGAAAUCUGAUCAUAGAUUGUCUGUUGGACAGUUAGAGAGUGAAGGAAGUGUUGGACACAUGAGAAUGGUUGAUAAUAUUGCGCAUGAAUCCAAUACUGCAAAUGAGUGCACGUCUAUGCGUGUUCCUGAAAUCCCUAAAGUCAGAAAUGAGGUCAAUCCUUCACAAGAGGAUCAUGAGGUAAAGCCAUCUGAACAGUUGGAGAAAUCUCUUUCCUUGAAGGAGCUGGUAAUUCCAUUCACAGCAUCUAUCUCAGAGUCCAAGGAAACAUGUGAGAUGGCGUAAGUAAGGACAGAGUUGGAAAUGUGACAUUGGCUGACCUGCAGAAUAUGGAUGGCCGACUCUACUGGGAGACUACUGAAUUGGACAGCAGAUGCUAAUGAUGUUGAUCAAUAACUAGUCAAACCAUGUAGUCGGAAGAUGGGGGUGGAGAAUGCUGAUUGUGCAUUGGGAUGGAUCCACUUCUAGCAGUCAGAAAAUUGCAAAGUGAGUUACUCUCCAUUUUCGAACUCUGGAUUAGGAAUUGUACCAGAUGGAAGUGAGAAAACUGAAAGUUCUUGGAGGAGAUGGUGAGAGGGGAUAUUUGCCGGAUGAUGCACUUUUGGAAUUGGCAGAGUCGCUUGGGAAAAAUGGCUCUAUAAACACGAUAGGGUAUUUCAAAAUGCCUUGUCAGAAGAGGUCCUGCACCACUAUACGUGAUUUGUUCCCAGUAACUGUGCUUAUACCUUACUAGUUUUGUGUACCCUUUGUGGCUAUCUCGUCUCUUUUCUCCAAUACAAUUUUAGGAACCUGACAAGUCUUUAUCCUUGAUCUUGUAUUGUAGAGCCAACCGUUGCAACCAGGGGUACUGUUAAUUUGGAAGAUGUAGCUAGGCAGGAAUCAGGAUCUAUGCAGAGGCCAACAGUAAGGCAUGUGUUCGAAACUCAUAUGUUUUUUAACCAAAUCAUUAUAUCUUUAUACUGGCCUGUUUGGUGGCUCUUUUGUGACUGACAGGUGGUCAAUGGAGUAACCUUUCAGCUUUCGCUGAUGCAUAGGUGGAAUCUCACUUUCACAAGUAAAAGAGCUCGCACAAGGUGGCGGGGAAGUUCCAUCCACGCAAAAACUCCGCAUGGUUUGGUGCGUCGGCGCAGGAUGUUGGGCUUCAAAAUGGCCUGCUAAGUUUUAAGCAUUAGGAAUUCAUGGAAGAGUACGAGUUUCAGUGUCUUUGCAGUCGCCAAGAACCCUGUUAUUUGAGCUGUAUAGAUUUGCAUGGAAGAGACAUUAAUCGGGGCAAAGAGUUCAGCAAGAGUUGAACUGAGCAGGCUGUGACGGGUUUGCUUUCUUAUUAUGCCUCUGUAUAAACACUAAUCAAACUUAUAGUAGUUUGUAUAUCCCGCCAUUGUAAUACAGUUUUUAAGCAAUUUACUCUCUCACUGGAAACAAGCUCGUUUUGGUCGC